AAAACCCUAAUCUCCUCUCUCAGACGCAAAUUCAUCCUUCGUCGCUACCUCACCCGGAAAACCCUGAUCCAAGCGAUGAGACAGCAAUGGCAAUGGCGUUUGCUGCUCCUCCGAGCUCACCGCCGCCCUCCGCCGCACGAAUUCAUAAAACCGUCGUGCUCUCAGGUAAACUCCCAAUUCAAUCUCCAUUCACUUAGCUCUUUCACUUCUCUGUUCCACACUGACACUCUCGACCCAAAGCUUUCACCUUUGCUGCCCAUUUUCAAUUCCCAAUUAGCGAAAUCGAUAAACUCUAGAAACCCCUUGUCCCGCAGCCUCUCAUCAGAGCCGGCACUCGAGCUCAAGGACUCCGAUCAUGGAGUUGUAGCUGAUAUUUUCGCUAGUCCUAAGGGUGCGGAUGAGAUUAGGAAAGAAUUGGAGUCGAACAAUGUUGUGAUUAGCCAUGAGUUGGUGUUGAAGGUUUUGAAGAGCCUCGAAUCGAGCCCCGAUGUGGCGAGGAGGUUUUUCGAUUGGGUUUUGUCAUGUGAAGGUGAGAGAUUGAGCUCCAAGUCGUAUAAUUCGAUGCUGAGUGUUUUCGGGGUUAAUGGGUUUGUGAAUGAAUUUUGGGAUUUGGUUGGUGUUAUGAAGAAGAAAGGGUAUGGUGUUUCAAAAUGGGUGCAGGAUAAAGCUUUAGAAAAGUUUGCGAAGGAUGGGUUGGAUGGUGAUGUUGAGAAGUUGAGAGCGGUGUUUGCAGCGGGGUCUACUGACAAUUCCCCGGAUAAGAUUUGUUCGAGGGUGUGUAAGAUUGUUAGAAAUGAGGUGUGGAGUGAGGAUGUUGAGAGGCAAAUACGGGAUUUGAGUGUUGCAUUUUCUAGCGACGUGGUUAAAAUGGUGUUGGAAAGUCUUAGUACAGAGCCAGCAAAAGCACUGAUAUUUUUUCGGUGGAUGGAGGAGACUGGUUUGUUGAAGCAUGAUCAACAGACUUAUAAUGCUAUUGCUAGGGUAUUGGGCAGGGAAGAUUGCAUAGAUAGGUUUUGGAAAGUUGUUGAUGAAAUGAGGAGCAAGGGGUAUGAACUGGAGAUGGAGACGUAUGUUAAGGUUUUAGGGCGAUUUUGUAAGAGGAAAAUGAUGAAGGAUGCUGUGGACUUGUAUGAGUUUGCAAUGGCUGGCGCAAAUAAGCCUUCGGUGCAUUGUUGUACCUUUCUGUUGAGGAAAAUAGCAGGUGGUAAGCUGCUGGAUAUGGGUCUAUUUUCUAGAGUUGUGAGGAUUUUUGCAGAUAAUGGGAAUGUGCUGACAGAUUCGAUGCUCAAUGCAGUCCUUAAGUCGCUGAAUGGUGUUGGUAGAUAUGGACAGUGCAAUACGGUUUUCAAGGCAAUGGAGGAAGGUGGACUUGUAGCUAGUGGUGGUUUACAGAGUACGAUUGCAUUCCGGCUUAGUAGUGCUGGCAAAAAGGGUGCAACAAGUGAAUUCAUUAGUGAUAUGGAAGCUUCUGGGCGCAGUUCGGAUUACAAGAUAUGGUCGUCCUUAAUUGAGGGUCACUGUGUAGCUGGUGCUCUCGAUAAGGCUUCCGAUUGUUUCCAAAAGAUGCUUGAAAAAGAGGGGGCUGCCUCUGCUGGUUAUGCUUUUGAUAUAUUAGUAGAUGCAUAUUGCAGAAAGAACAGGGCCAUAGAUGCAUACAAGUUACUCAAUGAUUCGGUCAAUGAAAGGCAGCUCGAGCCAUCGCAUACCACAUACAAGUUGUUGAUAAGUAAGUUAUUGGUUCAGGGUGGAUUCAAGGAUGCUCUGAAUAUUCUGGGUAUGAUGAAAAAUCAUGGAUUCCCACCUUUUAUUGAUCCAUUCGUUGAGUAUGUAUCAAAGUCUGGAACAGGUGAAGAUGCUUUAGCUUUCCUGAAGGCGAUGACUUCAAAGAGGUUUCCAUCUACCACCGUCUUUCUCAAUGUAUUUGAAGCUUAUUUCAAGGCUGGACGGCACAGUGAAGCACAGAAUUUCCUUUCCAAAUGCCCAGGCUACAUCCGCAACCAUGCUGAUGUGUUGGAUAUAUUUUAUUCUGCUAAAUCUGGAGAACGUGCUGCUCCCACCGCGGUGGCUGCUUAGGCUUUGUUAGACUGUAUCUUGUAAUGUCUUUCACGACGAUAAUGUAGCAGAGCGUUUGUUCGAAAAAUUUUGGUUUUGAAUAUUUCCUUUGCUCCUCUAGUAUUGAUGAUUGUGGGAGUAUUUUCGACUUUUUUGGUGCCUGGAAAAUGAAAUCAAUUGUAUUCAAGUUCCCAAA